GAGGUGGAACAGGGGAUUCAUAAUUGAUAGUAUGCCAGGUGAAUAAUUAAACACACACACUAUAUUGCAAAUAGCAGAGUUCAGGUGUAGAUCCUGUUUGUUUGCAAUAGGGAACAACAUCUCUGAAACAGGUGGCUGUGACGUCACGAACCCGCUUCUUAGUGGGCGGGGUUUGCAGUCGGAGUGGGCGGGGUUUGCAGUCGGAGUGGGCGGGGUUUGCAGUCGGAGUGGGCGGGGUUUGCUGCAGUAGUGAGAAGGCUUUCUGUUUGGUGGCGACAAAAAAUUAUCAUCUUUAGCAGAAAGCGCUGCUGUGUAAUUGCAGGGUUGCGGUCACAGUCUCUCGGUCUGCCGUUGAGAAUGGAGAGCAACGGGGUGAACGCCCACCCGCUGUUCGGGGGCGCCUUCUCCGCCGUGCUGCCCCCCAACUUCAGAGACGUCAGCGAUCUCCGAGAGAUCCCGGAUAACCAGGAGGUGUUCGCUCACAGCCACACUGACCAGAGCAUCAUCGUGGAGCUGCUGGAACACCAGACCCACGUGACGGGCCGGGACGCAGCCAGGUACCACUUCGAGGACGUGGCCGGCCGGAACGAGGCUGCUGGCCCCGGAGGCUCCCAGGUGCUCAGUGUGGAGCUGCUCCCCACAGCGGAGAUAUCCCUGCAGGAAAGCGAGUCGGUCUGGCUUCUCCACGGCACGCAGCAGGUGUCCAAGUUCAACGAGGAGGCUCAGAACACAGUGGCCGUGUAUCUGGGGCUUUUCCGACUCCCUCAGUACAGCACAGACGCCCUCGUCACUUUCAACGACCCCCUUGCUAUCAAUCCCCUCAGCAGCAGUGCCGUCUCCGAGUCGGGACAAGACGCUGUCCCGCCUCCCUGGAGCCUGGAGCAAUUCCGACUGCUGCUCCAGACUCUCCGACUGCUCGACCCGGACGUCUUCGGAUAGGGGCGGGGCCGGGCGGGGUGUCUGCUUUGUAUGGGAGCCCGGAGGAACCAGUUCCACACCACUGCGAGCUUCAGUGUGGGAGCAGAGAGGCGCUGUGGGACGCUUUUCCUUCACUCCGCUCUGCUUGCAUUCUAGCUGGCUCGCAUCUCCCAUCAAUCCACGAGGCAGUGUUUAUUGUAUCUCGCUUGACAUCUUAUCCUGUUUUGAGCCUACCCUCAGAAUGCUGUACCCCGUUCUCCACACUGAGACCUGAAUGAACCAGCUUGCAGAGGGAGGGGUGGACAGUCACUGGAACAGCACAGUGCUCUACUACCCUGUUCUCCACACAGAGACCUGAACGAACCAGCUUGCAGAGGGAGGGGUGGACAGUCACUGGAACAGCACAGUGCUCUACUACCCUGUUCUCCACACAGAGACCUGAACGAACCAGCUUGCAGAGGGAGGGCCUGGCAGACAGUUUUGAAGGUUAUCCAGAGCCUGUUUUGUUGACUCAGCAGUUCAUGCAGUUGGGCUGUGUGCAGAUAGAGGUCAGGCAGGAAAUAUCCAUGAAACUCUGUCCCAGGUACAGUCCAGGCAGCAUGCCCAUCCAGCCGCUAAUCAGAAUGCGCUACUUACCCAUGUGUUGUUCCAAUAAAUUGUCAACUGCUUGGAAA